UCCAAUAUAAACCAGACCCGCCCAUAGGAUGGAUCAAAAUCCAUUCUUCAUUUUGCCCUUUACUGGUUCGAAGGUGGAACACAGAAGAGACACAUGAUUCAUCGAAUUUGAUGAUGAGGGAUGAACAGCAUUUCUCUUCGACAAUUCAUUAGGAAGAAACCCUCUUCUCCUAUUUCCGUACCAUUUUCUUCGUAUGGGUCUUCCUUUUCUCAAAACAUUAAACGCAAAACAAAAACCCAUAAACAACUUGGAAUUCUAAACCUCGUAUCGCCCACAACAGAUUGUGCAGAAAACCGCCAAACCCAUCUUCGACUCAUUCAAGACUUUCUACCAAUACCCACAAACCAAUUCGCCCAAAAAAGGGCUUCUGAUGAUUUCGCUCAUUCAAAUUCGUUGGAGGAAACCUCAAACAUGCUUGAAACGAAUUUUCUGAAUGAGGAAGAAUCGAUAGUUGAUGCGAGUGCUCUCUCGCAUGCAUUAAGUUUGUGUGCAUCGUCACGAAGUCUGAAGUCUGGGGUUCAGUUUCAUUGUUUAGCUAUAAGAACUGGGUUUGUGGGGAACGUGUAUGUUGGGAGUUGUUUGAUAAGUUUUUACAGUAAAUGUGGCGAGUUAUGUCAUGCUUACCGGGUCUUCGAGGAAAUGCCUGUGAAAAAUGUGGUGUCCUGGACAGCCAUUAUUGCUGGUUUUGCGCAGGAAUGGCUGGUUGAUGGGUGCUUGGAGCUCUACUCUCGGAUGAGGAAUUCGACACUGAAACCCAAUGAUCUUACGUUUACGUGUCUUCUGAGUACCUGCACUGGUGGGGGAUCUCUUGGGCGUGGGCGAAGUGCUCAUUGUCAAACAAUCGAAAUGGGUUUUGAUUCGUACGUCCACGUUGCUAAUGCUCUCAUCUCCAUGUACUGUAAAUGUGGGAAUGUGGAAGAUGCAUAUUACAUAUUUGAAAGGAUGGAUGGCAAAGAUAUUGUAUCUUGGAACUCCAUGAUUGCUGGGCACGCCCAACAUGGACUGGCAGUGCAGGCUAUUGAUCUUUUUGAAGAGAUGAAGAAGCAAAAGUUGAAACCUGAUGCCAUUACUUUCCUUGGUGUCCUCUCUUCAUGUCGCCAUGUAGGCCUUGUUAAACAGGGCCAAUUCUACUUUAAUUCCAUGGUGGAACAUGGUGUGAAGCCGGAACUUGAUCAUUUUGCAUGUGUGGUGGAUCUUCUAGGCAGGGCCGGGUUAUUGGAAGAAGCUCGGGAUUUUAUUGUGAAAAUGCCUAUACAUCCCAAUGCCAUUAUAUGGGGCUCGCUACUGUCAUCUUGUAGGCUUCAUGGGAGUGUCUGGUUAGGAAUUGAGGCUGCAGAGAAUAGGCUGCUGCUGGAACCAGAGUGUGCUGCCACCCACUUGCAAUUAGCUAGUCUAUAUGCCAGUGUGGGGUGCUGGGAUCAGGCUGCAAGAGUGCGGAAACUGAUGAAAGGUAAAGGGCUUAAAACAGAACCCGGAUGUAGCUGGAUUGAGGUUAGGAAUGAGAUUUAUAGAUUUAGGGCAGAAGAGUGGUCUAACGGUGGAUUAACUGAGAUUUCUGCAGUGGUGGACAGUUUGGCAGAUCACAUGAGGAGUCUUGGGUAUGAUAUGCAUGAAGAAGAGGCUGAUGAUGAUUUGGAUACUAGUGUAAGCUAGAAAGUGGCUUUGCUGAUGGGCAGUCUAAUCAUUCCAAAUCUAGUAGAGAGUUUGACACAUAAGGACGUACAGUUUUAGAACCUUAAAUUGUGCUCCUCUCUCUCUCUGGCACAAUGGAGUGCGGAUGAGGUGGUGGUGGUGCCAGGCACAAGGGGUGUGAGGAUACAAACAGGGUGUGUUUCGAUGGUGGGAGCAACCAAAAUGAGUUGGUGGUGUCUGUUCCAUGCCCCUGGGCAACAUCCUCAAUAGCUGUAGAUGAUGCAACUUGAAUGCUAAAUAAAAGUUCACUUCCAGGGAAA